UGGCUUGAGUCGUGGGGGUUCCCUUGGGAUCUCUGCCCACGGGCCAGACUGCUGGGGUUCGGUCUCCCGGCUCCACCCAAUCAUGUGGUCGCGGGGCUCCGCCCCUGCCCCAGUUCCUGUUUCAGCCCCUGGGCCUUAUAGACGUCCUGUUCUGCUCCCGUUGGGGCUGCUGUGCCGCCAGACAUGGGGUCCCGGCAGCGCUUGCACCAGCCCUUGGGGUCCCAAGGCGCCUCGGCCCCUCCGUGACCGUCAGCGCUGGUGGUGUAGCCGCUCUCAAGAUGAAGGGCGGCGAGGGGGACACGGGCGAACAGGCUCCGUUGAACCCGGAGGUGGACAGCCCUGCGGGCUCAGCCACGUACCGGGAGUUCGUGCACCGCGGCUACCUGGACCUUAUGGGGGCCAGUCAGCACUCUCUGCGUGCGCUCAGCUGGCGCCGCCUCUACCUCAGCCGGGCUAAGCUCAAAGCCUCCAGCCGCACGUCUGCUCUCCUGUCGGGCUUCGCCAUGGUGGCCAUGGUGGAGGUACAGCUGGAGAGUGACCAUGACUACCCACCAGGCCUGCUAGUGGCCUUCAGUGCCUGCACCACGGUGUUAGUAGCCGUGCACCUCUUUGCUCUCAUGGUCUCCACAUGUCUGCUGCCCCAUAUUGAGGCCGUGAGCAACAUCCACAAUCUCAACUCUGUCCACCAGUCACCACACCAACGACUUCACCGGUACGUGGAGCUGGCCUGGGGCUUCUCCACUGCCCUGGGCACCUUUCUCUUCCUGGCCGAAGUUGUUCUGGUGGGCUGGGUCAAGUUUGUGCCCAUCGGGGUACCCAUGGACAAACAAGCUGCUGUGGUGCCUGUGCCCCAGGUGCCACCGGUGACCGUCUCCCUCAGUUUAGCUUCCAACCUCACGCCAUCCUCUGCUUCCAUUGGCACAUCACAGCAGCCUUCCAAAGCCUGUCCACCCCGGCAAGUGUGUGGUAGUGCCCAUGGGCCUGGUUGGCAGGCAGCUAUGGCCUCCACAGCAAUCAUGGUACCUGUGGGACUUGUGUUUAUGGCCUUUGCCCUACAUUUCUACCGAUCUUUGGUGGCACACAAAACAGACCGCCACAAGCAGGAGCUGGAGGAACUCAGUCGCCUGCAGGGGGAGCUGCAGGCUGUGUGAACCUGGCUUUAGACUCUUGCAAACAUUGACUCCUUGUCUGCAAGAGAUGCCAGUGAGCUAUAAUCCUUAUUCCUUGCCCCAGAUUGGAGCCACCUCAUGUAAGCUACUCUCAGGUAGAGGCCAGAUUCCUGCUGAGUCCCACACUCCCAGGGAUGUUCCCUGUCAUCAUGGCCCAGUGGGUUCUGUAACUUCAGUCUGCUUGGCUGGAGGAACAAGAGAGGAAGUAGAACGGUCUCAGUCUAGAAGGCCUUAGCGGGGUCUUCAGUGGUGCUGAGCAGUUGCUUGCUCCUCUACCGGAAAGUGACAUGCCUGCACCACUGUCCUCCAAGGCAGUCAACCCUUGCUUUUUAGGAGAGAUUUCUACCUGGGAUCCCCAUUCCUGAUGUGGCUGCUAUAGAGGAGCUGGUUGUUUGUUCCUAGGAUGAACCAUUUCCCACUUGGUGACUUGUGGUUGGGCCUGCCACACUGCCCUCGGCUUAUCUGCCUGUCACCCACUUUGGUCAUAGCUGGGGAAGGGGAAUCUUUGAAGACUGAAUGAAGAUUGUGCUGUUAGCUUGACUCCUUGACAAGGGUUGGGUGAGUUUGUAAGGGAGAAAAUUCAACAGAGCUCUCCAGACAUUGAAUUUUUGACGCACCUUGUUUUGUUAAUAAAUUAUGUCUCACAUA